AUGUCCGAUGUCCACAGAUGGACUUAUCAAAAGCUGUUCAGAAGGUAUGGUUUGCCUUCCGGUGUUUCGGGUCUCACCAAGCUAGGAGUACUGGUGGCUCAGAGACCCCACCCCUUAAACAUCCUCUCAUGCUCCCUGAGAACAAUUGUUGCCUCGGCUACUUUAUUACAUAGUGAACAGUCAUCACUGAAAUUGCCUCAGCAGGCCCUGUCCUGCUUGAAAAGGGACAGUAUUCAUGGAUUGAGGAUGGGGUCAGAAGAGCAUGCUGCAGACGUGUUUAACCCAUAUGCAUUAGAUACUCCAGCUGUAAUUUUUGACAGUGGAUCAGGACUCUGCAAAGCAGGCAUGUCUGGAGAGACUGGGCCCCAUCAUGUCAUCAGUUCUGUCAUGGGGCAUCCUAAAUUCAACAUGGCUUUACUAUAAGCCAAUCAGAAAAUUACACUGUGGGGGGGAAAAGCCCUGUUCAAGUAUGGAGCCUUGUAUCUGCACUAUCCCAUUGAAUGUGGACUGGUAACAAGAUGGGAUGACAUGUAAAAACUCUGGAAGUAUCUUUUUGAGUGGGAGCUGGGAGUAAAACCCUGUCAACAACCUGUGCUCAUGACCUAGCCCUCCUUGAACCCAAGGGAGACUCGAGAGAAGACAGCAGAAGUGAUGUUUGAGACCUUCAGUGUGCCUGCCUUCUACCUGUCCAAUCACGUGGUCAUAGCACUCUAUACCUCUGCCUCUGUCACGGGCUUAGUGGUGGACAGUGGUAAUGGGAUCACUUGCACUGUCCCCAUUUUUGAGGGUUACUCCCUUCCUCCUGCCAUCAUCAAACUCUAUGUGGCAGAGAGAGACAUCACAGAGCUCACCCAACUCCUCCUGGCCAGUGGGUGUAAUUACCCUUGCAUACUCAACAAGGCCUUAUUGGAUGACAUAAAAGAGACGCUGUGCUGUGUGGCCUUAGAGCCAGAGAAAGAACUUUGUAAGAAGCCAGAGGAGGUCCUGAGAAAAUACAAACUACCAGAUGGAAAUGUCAUCCACCUUGGGGAUCAUCUGUACCAGGUACCUGAGAUACUUUUUGCACCUGACCAGCUGGGUGUCCACAACCCAGGACUAUCAAAAAUGGUCUCCAGCAGCAUUAUGAAGUGUGACACCGACAUCCAGAAAAAUCUUUUUGAAGAAAUUGUGCUGUCUGGGGGCACCACUGUCUUCCCUGGGCUUGAGAAAAGACUUACGAAAGAACUGGAACAGCUGGCCUUCAGAGGAACUCCCAUCAAGAUCACUACUUCUCCUGAUGGAUGUUUCUCUGAAUGGAUAGGUGCAUCCAUCGUGACCUCUCUGAGCAGUUUCAAGCAGAUGUGGAUCACUUCUGUGGAUUUCAUGGAGUUUGGGACAUAUGUUGUCUAGAGAAUAUGCUUUUAA